CAAUGGUCUAUGCCUUUGGCUUUAAUGAUUCUUAGAAUUUAUCCGACCAACUCCUUCAAUUUAUAGAUGAGAAAACUGAGUCAACGAGAAACAGGCUGAGGACGAUGGAGGCCAACACCACGGUGGCCAUCGGCACGGUGUGCAGCAGUUUUGUCGUCUUCCAGCUCCUUUUCCAUUUUGUAAGUUGCUGGUUCUCAGCAAGAGUUUCUUCAGGUUAUAACAGUCUUAGCAUCGAGAAGAAGAUCGAAUGGAACUCAAGGGUAGUAUCUACGUGCCACUCUUUGCUGGUUGGAACUUUUGGCUUAUACCUCUUCUUCUUCGAUGAGGCUACUAUAGCUGAUCCGCUCUGGGGUGAUCCAACGUUUGUGAACAUAAACAUUGCAACUGCUUCCGGCUACCUCAUUUCCGAUUUAUUGAUUAUACUUUUUAAUUGGAAAGUGAUUGGUGACAAAUUUUUUAUAAUUCACCAUUGCACAGCACUAACUGCAUACUACUUUGUAUUGAGAUACGGAACGCUCGCAUACAUUGCCAAUUACCGCCUGCUUGCUGAGCUCUCCAGCCCCUUUGUAAACCAGAGGUGGUUCUUUGAAGCCUUGAAGUACCCCAAGUUUUCCAAAGUCAACGUCAUCAAUGGAAUUCUUAUGACAGUGGUCUUUUUCAUCGUGCGGAUCAUUGCAAUACCUCCAAUGUAUUCUUACUUUUACUCCGUGUAUGGAACAGAACCCUACAUAAGGUUUGGAUCUGUAAUCCAGUUUGCCUGGAUCUCCACUUGUAUUGUUUUAGAUGUGAUGAAUAUCAUGUGGAUGAUCAAAAUCACAAAAGGAUGCAUCAAAGUCAUCUCUCUCAUCAGACAAGAGAAAGCCAAGGAUAGCCUUCAGAACGGAAAACUCGAUUAAAGGUGUGCGUCAUCAGACACCUGUUUCCAUAAGCCGUCUUCAUUCCUGUGUCGUGAUAGAUCGAGCUCCUGCGCCGCUCUGUUAGCCACGACUCGUACUCAUGGUUUCAGUGUUUUCUUUCCUCUUUUCUUUAAUCUUUAGACAAGAGAAAAUAAAAUUUAGUUUCCACCCCAGGA